AUGGCAUCAUCACAACCACCAGAACGUCGAGGACGUAGUAGUCGACUAUAUGCUCCUUCGAGCGAUCCCUCACCUCGUUUUACUACUACUAGCACCGAUAUUUCAGCAACAACAUCGCCUUUAACAACUGAUACUACAGUAGUAGAUAUGAUACAGGCUUCUCAUCAGCAUCGAGUGUACCACAAUCAUCAUCGACAACCCGAACCCAUGCUAGUGAUGGUUGAGGUCAGGGUAGAAAAAUGA